GCUGCGCCUGGUGCGAGCGCUCCGAUUGGCCGAGCCCGCGCGUGACGUCGCGCAGCCCAGCUGUUGAUUUGCCGUUGUCUCCGAGGCUGGGCCGAGCGCCUUUUGACGAUGGGCACCGGCAGGUAGAGCUCAGAAGUGUGUGCGCGCGCCACAGAGGAAGAGAGAGAGAAAGAGAAAGAGAGAGAGAGAGAGAAACGGGGAGAGAGAGAGAGAGAGGCUGCUUCAGGGAGCUGGCAGCUUGCAGCGACGUUCGUGGCCAGCGCUGCCGCCGGUACUAUGGAAACUAAUCCCCUGACCAAUGGAGAUAAUGAAGGCAGCCAUGAGGCAGGUCUCUGAGAGACAUGAUUGGCUCCUCGGAGGGCUGCGGUCUUCUGACCUGGACCCUGCGCUGCUGACGGGGACAUGGGAGUCUUCCUCCGAGCGUCCUGCAGGCUCAACGCAAGCAACGACCCGGCCGACCGCACCCAAGGGGACCCAGGGCUCGCCCUCCCGGCCAGCCGGACCCACGUCCGGGCCCAGCACCGCAAAGCACUGAUACGACUGACGCAAUGAGAGGCCUGGAGGCGGAGGGGACCCGCGCCGCCCCGGCGGACGUCCCGACCAAGGCCGAGAGCCGCGAACGGAGCGAGCCCGACCCGGGCGAGGGCCGCCGCGACGGCGGGAAAGAGCCGCAGCCGCAAACCCCAGCAGCUGGACAGACAGGGAAGAGGUCGAAGUCGAACGCAAAGUUAAAGUUAGUUCGGAGCCUGGCCGUUUGCGAAGAGUCUCCUCCUUCCCCUUUUACUGAACUGGCCCGAGAACACCAGGACGAGAUUCCGAUUCGGCCGUCGCCGCCAAUAACCAAAGAAGAGCCGCCCGUGGAGGAUGGGGCGGGGAAGGAGAAGGGCGCGGACAAAGCGGAGAAGCCCGAGAGGGUUCCUCGGAAGAUGCUGUCGAGAGAUUCCAGUCAGGAAUACACGGACUCUACGGGAAUUGAUCUCCACGAGUUCUUGGUAAACACGCUGAAAAACAACCCCAGGGACAGAAUGAUAUUACUGAAGUUGGAACAGGAUAUCCUUGAUUUUAUCAGUAAUAACGAAAGCCAGAGGAGAAAGUUCCCUCCCAUGACUUCUUACCACAGAAUGCUGUUACACCGAGUGGCAGCGUACUUUGGGCUGGACCACAACGUGGACCAAUCCGGCAAAUCUGUCAUCAUCAACAGAACCAGCAGCACCAGAAUACCAGACCAGAAGUUUACGGAGCACAUCAAAGACGAGAAGAUGGACGACUUCCAGAAACGUUACAUCCUCAAGAGGGACAACUCGAGCUCGGACAGAGAAGACGGCAUGAUUCGGAUGAGGCUGAAGGACGACAGGAGAAGCAAGUCUAUCGAGGAGCGGGAAGAGGAGUACCUGCGUGCCAGAGAGAGAAUCUUCUCUCAAGACUGCCCGGAAAAUUUCCAGUUGGAAAAAAGGAUCCAUGAAAACGAGGCUUCUAACAGCACACAAAAGAGAAGGCAGGUGUUCAGGUUGAGGGACGGCUGGUCGGCCAACCAGAGCAGCUCGGAGAACGAGGCCCGGGGCUCCGAGCCGCGGCCCUGGAGCAGCACUGACUCGGACAGCUCCAACCGCAACCUGAAGCCCGCCAUGACCAAGGCCAGCAGCUUCAGCGGCAUCUCUGUGCUCGUCCGCGGAGACAGCUCCAGCAGCAGCAGGGGCACCGGCAGGCUGUCCAAGACAGGUUCCGAGUCGUCUAGUAGCGUAGGGUCCUCCACGGGCUCGCUCCCUCGUCCCCAGCAGCCCCUCCCCACCCUGAGUCUAACGCAGCCCGGCCACGCUGCCCCGCCAGCGGCCUACCCCACCGUCAGUGCUAGCUGCCCCGUGCCCUACGAGGGGGUGGCCAGCAGCCCUGUAGCGCCCGCGGCUAACGCUAGCUACUGUUUGCUUCCUCUGGAAGCCACGGGGAUACCCCCCGGCAGCAUCCUUCUCAAUCCUCACACAGGCCAGCCUUUUGUGAACCCCGACGGCAGCACUGUGGUCUACAACCCCACGAUGGCUCAGCAGCAGGGCCGUACCCAGCAACCUCUGCCCCCUCCUCCUCCUCCUCCACCACCCCCGCCGGCCCCCCACCCGCACCAGCCAGCCAAUCACAUCGUCUCCCAGCCGGUUCGGCCCUUGCAGCCCACUGCGCAGCCUGUCCAGUACUCAGCCGUGUCUUACCCAGCUCAGCUGCUGCCUGUGUCUCCUAACCAGCAGUACACUGUGCAGGACAGCCUGGGCGCCCAGUUCGGUCACAUGACCCUGGCCCGGCAGCCGUCCGGCGAGGGCCCCGACGCCCACGCCGCCGUGUACCCCUCCGCAGUGGUGCUCCACCCCCCCCAGCAGGGCGGCUACAUGGUGGUGCCCCCGGGCCAGCCCCUCCCCGCCCCCGCCUACGCCGCCUCGGCCCCGCCCAUCAGCCAGCCGGUCACGCAGCAGCAGGGCUUUGUGCAGCAGCCAAUCCAGCAGAUGCCUCCGUGCUACUGCGCAUCCGGCCAGUACCCCCACUCCUGUCAGUACCGGCCUGUCACCCCAGUGCACUACAACAGUGCUCAAAGCCAGCAGCCCAUGUCCCACCCCAGCCAGCAGCCAGGCUAUCAGACCGUGAUGCCGGGCCAGCCGCAGAGCUAUCAAGGCCUGGUCGGAGUGCAGCCGGCUCCCCCUCAGAGCGUGAUGGUCCAGUACCCCUCCGUGCCGUCCUAUCAGGUGUCCGUACCACUGGGGUCCCAAGGCGUGGUCCAGCAGACGCCCCAGCAGCCAAUGGUCAUCCCGAAUCAGUGCAGCCAGGGGUCCAUGCCCGCCCCCGGCGUGCAGGUGUACUACAGUGUCAUCCCACCCGGUCAACAGAACACGGUGAGCUCCUCAGUAGGAUUUUUGCCACCCCCAGGGACAGAGCAGAUUCAGUUCCCUCGGACCCCUCCCUCCCCCUGCGUCUCCCAGCAGUUUCCCCGGCAACAGUGUGCAGGUGUCCCCCCUCCCCCGGCGGGCGGGAUGGUCAUGAUGCAGCUGACGUUGCCCUCGGCCCCCCAGACCCCCGCUCACUCGCCCACCCAGUGGAAGCAACAUAAAUACUACAGCCUGGACCACCAGAGGGGCCAGAAGUUCACAGAGCCCCCCGCCCUCGAUACCUCACAGAGCAGUUUGCAGCUGGGCAGCCCCGUUACCUCCCCCACCCAGUCGCUCACCCCGGCCCAUCUGACCAACGCAAAGAACAUCCGACCUGGCCUCGCCCCCGUCUCCAUCCUGCCCCACUUCCACAGAACCUUCGUCCCCGGACAAGGCGACGCGCGGUACCGUUUGUUGGGGCAGCCCCUUCAGUACACCCCUCCCAUCCGCCCCCCAGUGCUCCACGGCCCCCACGUGGUCCCCGGUCACCAGGGUCCCGCAGGAACCGCGCACGGGGGCAGAAGCAGGAAGCCGGCGAGAAAGACGCUGUCGACAGAUCUCACUGCAGCCGAGGCAGUUAACGGAAGAGUCCUGGAAGUGACCGACCUGCCGGAGGGGAUCAGCCGCGCGGAGGCGGACGCUGUCCUCCGGGGACUGUGCAAGCUCGGCGCCACCAUCAGGUGGCUGCCGGACCGUCAGCCGCGCCCGCCCUGCGGGGCCGGGGCCGGCGAGGCGAACUCCGGCUGCCCGAAGCCGCCGCCGCCCGACCCGGCCUCGGCCUACACCGUCCUCGCCGCCUUCCCCUCCCCCUACGCCGCGCAGGGCGCCCUUCUCCGACACAGCGGCUCCCCCGCCGCCUUCAGACUCCGAACUAGUAAGAGCCACUGCGACGCUCACAGCCUGGAGAGGGCCAGCUCCCAGUAGGGGGCGCCGCUGCCGCGGCCCUCGGCUGGCGAGGUCGCCAAAACCGCCGCCUCUGCCGCCACCGGUCUCUUCCCGUCACGUUCACUCCCCACUUCCUCUUUCUCACUAAACUGGCUUUAUUUCAUGGGUUUUUCACUUGAAGUCUUGGAGAUUUCUGUUGUCUUGGUAAUGUUCCAGCGAUAUGAAAAAUGAAAGUACAUAAAAGCUUCCCGUGCGAGUAUGAAAAAAUACAAAGUUCCAAACAUAAAUACCAGCAUCUGAGUUCCCUGGAACACAUCAAAAAUCCAAUGUACUUUUUUUUUUUUUAUAGUUCUGUUUUAUAUUUAGAAAAUCUUGUCAGACCCUAAACUUGGUUGUACAGCUGAGCUGUUUCCCCCACCCACAAUUUCUUGGUUUCUGACCUGGCUUAGUUUUUACCUUCAGAAUGCACCAGAUGAGAUCCAAAUGGUUGGUGCCGGGCAUUUUGCCAGCUGCUUAGAAUUAAUGUGAUUGGUCCGCCUAGGGGAGCCACAAGCUGCUGAAUUGGGUCUCUCGUUGUGCCUUGUGUCAGAAAUCUGCAGUAUUGUUCUCCAAAAUCCCAAAGGACCCCUGUAACAUCCCAGGUGUGACCUCUGUAAAAAGAAAAGAACACAAUUCCUCCCCCCCCCCCCCCCCCCC